AUGUCUGUUGAAGAAUUUGAAACGAUAUUAAAAGAAUUACCGGGAGUGAAACCGCCAGGAGUUUCCGGUACAAGAAUCAAGAAACUAAAAGAGAUUUUCCUCAACAACGUGUCUGAAGAGUCCAAGCUUGUUUCGAAACUGUAUUCGUGUUGUAAGGCCACGCCAGCUUCGAACAAAUUGGGUACACUGUAUGUUGUGGACGCGAUUGUGAGAGGAUUAAUCGACCAGGUCUCCAAGUCCGAUUCCACAGAAAUUACCGAGUCUUCUCCAGAAGGAACAGCCAAUUCGGCCGUCUUCAAGAUCCAGUCCAUGAUUGAGAACCUUGUUGACGACGCUGUGCCUGUUUCCUCACCUGACGUGAAGGAGAAGAUUGGUAAGCUCGUAGAGAUAUGGGACAAGGGAGACACGUUCAACAAAUCGAUAAUCACAUCCAUCAAAGAUAAGUAUUUCCGUACCACCACUCCUCCAGGAACCCCCCCUAAAAAGAGAGUCAAGUUUGCUGUCGAGCCCACCGUCGAGCCUUCUGCUCCUGCAGGCUCCUCCUCGUCCAAAGACCCAACCUCCGUGUUACAGGCCCUUGCAAACCUGGCCAAAAAGACUCCGUCUCCUGUUUCCGGUUCUGGUUCCGCCAAGAUGGUUUCUCCGCCUCCUCCAGCUCCUGCCGAGCCUGCACAACAGCCUGCUGCUGCUCCUCCUUCCAGCUCGGACCCUAACGCUAUUUUCCAACUGCUCCAGAGCAUGAAUAAAAUCUCCGGAGCCCAGCCAACUUACCAGCAACAGCAGCAGUACGGAUUGCCACCCCAGCCACCGGUCUCGGCCACACAGAACAGACAGAACUAUAGAGAUAGAGACUCGAACCCGUUGGGCAGAAGACCAAGAUCCAGAUCGCCAACCAGAAGAAACCAGGAACCCAAGCCUCCUGCUGGAGACUGGGAGCGUAACAUCCCAGGAACUCCUCAUUUCAGAGAACGUAAGCCAUUCAUCGACCCUUCCAUUCCCCAAGGCUACAUCAAGGUGUACUCGCGGACCAUUUUCAUUGGAGGUGUUCCGCAUUCCAUGGACGAGAGAACGCUUAUGCAGCAGCUGAGGCCAUACGCAGAGGUGCAGAGCGUCAUUUUGAACAGCGAGCGUAAACACGCGUUCGUCAAGGUGUACUCGAGACCGGAGGCCGAGUCUGUGAUCCAGGCGUUUUCCGUGAGCCACCAUCCUUCUGGCCUUCGUGCCAGAUGGGGUGUCGGUUUUGGACCAAGAGACUGCUGCGAUUACCAGGCUGGAGUGAGCACGAUUCCGAUCAGCAGACUCACCGACGCCGAUAAGAAGUGGAUUGUCACUGCCGAGUGGGGUGGAACCGCGGGCAUGCCGUUGCAGUCGGGCCUGUUUAUUGAGGAGCCCGAUAUUGAGGUUGGUUCUGGAGUGUCUUCGAAGUCGAUUUCGAAGAAGAUGCCAACAAACUCGACUCACAACGGACCGAAGUCGGACGGCGUUCCGAUAGUGGGCGGCAACGCGCCGAACGGGUACCAGAACUCGCCUCCUACGGGCUAUCCAAUGAUGGCGAACCCAGGCAACCUGCCGAUCAACAUGGGCGGCAUGCCUGCUCCUGCUGCGCCUGCUCCCAACAUGGACCAGAACGCGAUGUUGGCCCAGAUGAUGGCCACGAUGCAGCAGAUGCAACAACAGGGUGGACAGCAGCCAGACAUGGGCGCGAUGUUCCAGAACCUGGCCAAUAUGAUGAGAAGAUGA